AUGACACAUGCUUACCGCUGCCCAACUCCCAAUUCAUCCACUCUUCUCUUUGAUGGUCCUGAGAGCAGAGGUGAUUCCUCUCACGUCUCAUCCAAGACCAUAGUGGAAAAUCACGGCUUUAGCUCCUCUUCUUCCGGGAUUGACGCUCAGUUGAGCCGAGAGUAUCGUGUAAUCGACCCAUCUGGCACACUGACUCAAGUUACAUCUUCACAUUCUCAUCCUCAGUUGGUUGCAUCAGCGGAAUCCACAGUAUCAUCCUUUUUGCCCCGACAACAGAUAUCCAUCGUUAACUCAACAGCAAAUAUCGCUUCACAUGUUGAAUUUGAAGGUUCUGAAGCAUCUACUCAGUCAAAAGCCUCACGAAUCAGCUCAAAGGAGGCAAUUCGCGUAAUCAUCGGAGCUAUUACUGCACAGAUCAACUCGGUUCAAGAAAUGCUCAAUUAUCUGUGCAAAUUAGUGAAGGCAGAAAAGGCGGUGCAGCAAGCACUCUGUGAAUUGGUGCCAUUACAACUCAGUGACAGUUCUUCUCACUCUAGCUACAAUUCGGACACCAGGAAUGCGCGGGUUCAGCGGUUUCCACUAAUUUCUACUCGCCGGCAUCGCACUGGGCUUUCUGCCUUGACCAGUCCCGCUGCGAUGGACGCGGAGCUGGGUAAAAUACUACAGAGCUUGCUGACCUCAACAAACCAGCAGGCCCGUGCCUAUUCAACACGUGCUCUGUUCCACAAGGUUGUCACUGUGGCUCAACUGGAAAGCUUGGCCGCGUGCCAGCAGUGUAUGAAGCGUGCUUACAUGGACUGUGAGGGCGAAUUGCAGUCACAAGGAAACCAGUAUGCACUGAAGCUGAAAAGUUGUGAGAAGAAAUACUCCAAAUACGCAGAACAGUUGGCCACCUUGCGGUUAAAAUUGACGCGGCUGUACGACAAGCGGUCCUCGUAUCACCGUAAAACUGCGGAAACAUUGAUGACCAAUUUGGAAAAUGCCACUAAGCGAUUACAUUUGUUACACAACGAGUACCUAAUGUCUCUCUGGACUGCGAACCAUUUCCAACAGUGGCUCCACGCUCAACUGCGACCUUGUCUGUUGAAUGGAAUUGAACGAACUAUGCGGUUGACAUGCGAAGUUGUACAACAUCUUUUGGUGUUUGGCGGUGAAAGCAGUGCACGCCCUACUCCUCUUUGGCUAGAGGACUUGCAAACGGAUAGAAAUCUAAUGACUCUACUUGCGCAAAAUAGCACACAAUUCCCUGAUCCAAUCCGCUAUGAGUUUGAUUCGAAUCUAAUGCCACUUGUCCCAGCCGGUGCCCCUUCCUACGACUCCCUGAUACUCAGCGAUUUGACCAGACAGUCGUUCAGCGAACUGAUACACCGACACAAGAGUAAUGAGCUGCUGCAUCGGGAAACAGUAGACCAUUUGACCCGCGAGUGCAUUCAGUGGGAGGAAGCACUUGCUCAAUGGCGAACUGUCUUUGCCAACCCGUUACCCAAUCCAUGGAACCAGGCAUCCAGUUCUCAUAACCUUGGGGCAUUAAAUUCCGUCAUGUCGACAUCCACCUCCACAGCAAGUUCUUUCCACGAAGAUGCCAGUAUCAGAACGGAUACUUGUUUAGAUGGUGCAAUUACUGUCCCAGAUCUCCAAGAAUUGUGGCAGGACGAUCGCGCCAGACCGGUGAACCUUUGCGAAGUAUCGUAUCGCCUCACUUUUUGCGAAUUCCAGUUGCGAUUCGCCACCUACAUGGCCGAUAUGCAUGCGCAGCUAGCAGCUCGGCUUAGUGAUGCACAGGCUCGACUGCCAACCUUUCCCUUAGGAGACUUGGCCGCACGAUCCGUGUCCAAUGGGAUGAAACCGCAACCGAACGGCGUUAACGCACAUGCUUUGCCAGACCUGCUGAAGCCUCAACUGCAGAUUUUCAGGGAAAAUAGUUUGAGGUGCUCAGAUGCUGUCGUCAGUGACGCGUUGUCUCCGCCGGCAGAGCCUUCUAUCUCCUCUUCGGUUCGGCGCAGCAUUGCUAUGCCGCCGUGUUCCGCACACUCGUCUAACACCUCACUGGCGGACUCGUUUCUGAACAGAAAUCGUCUAUGGUAUAGUUUUCGCCACUCAGUCUCAGCCAUUCGAUCACAUUUCACCCGCUCAGGACCGUUUCGUGCUUCAACCGGCGCCACUUCCACCAAAUCCACCAUCGCCUCGAUAUCCCCGAUAUCUCAUUCGAGCAACACGACUCCCGAUUCUGAUCGAUCCUCUGACGAGGCCACUGAAGGAACGAACGUUUCAACUUCAGUCAGAGUAGACAUCUCACCACAACCAGAACACGAUGCCACCUCCGGAUGCACUCCAACCAACAGACGCGCUGCCUCUCCUCCAGUCUUACCUCCUCUUCAUUCAGGCUCUUCCACUCCAUCCCGCUCAGGCGUUUCCAAUUCCGACACUUCAUCACCUCCAGGAUCGUCAGUGCCUGGACAGGAAUGCACCCAUAUCCCCAUAGGUGGGGAUUCACGGGCGUCCGACCCAGGCGAAGUGAACCUCAACAAAGAGCCUUGGUUUCACGGAGUCCUACCACGCGCAGAGGUGGAGAGGUUGCUGCAAAAUCAGGGAGACUUCCUCGUUCGUCAAACCAACAAGCGUGCUGGUUGUCGUGAUGUGACCGCUAAUGAAAAUACCGAUACCGACGAGCAUCUCGAGGGCGUCAUCGAUCGCAGUGUCUCGUCGGAUGGAUCCGCAUUGCGAAUGGUGUUGUCAGUUUUCUGGAACGGUCACAAGCACUUUAUCUUGAACGGUGGUGAUUCCACGCAUCCUGGCUGGUUCUUAGAGGAGGGUGAUUUCCCGACAAUUCGUGAGCUGUUGGAAUACCACAUGGCCACCCAACUGCCCGCCACGGUCAAAUCGGGUGCGCGUCUCAUCACCCCAAUCGCUCGUCCCGAUUGGCAGCUGGACAACAAUGACGUCCGUCUGGUACAAAAAAUUGGACAAGGCAAUUUCGGUGACGUCUAUCGUGGCUACUACAACGGGUCCGAGGUGGCUGUGAAGACCUGCAGGGUAGAUAUGAAUGCAGCACAUUUGCGGCAGAAAUUUUUACAGGGUGAACGUACUGCCCUGAACUUUUGUCAUCCGCACAUUGUGAAGCUGAUUGGAAUAGCAGUGCGUUCUUAUCCGAUCAUGAUCGUUAUGGAAUAUGUGCCAGGUGGUUCAUUGUUGACGUACUUGCGCAAAUCGAAAAAUUUACUCACACAAAGUACGCUGUUGUUGAUGGCCUCGGAUGCGGCUAGUGGAAUGGCGUAUUUGGAAUCAAAGAAUUGCAUACAUCGGGAUUUGGCCGCGCGCAAUUGUCUUGUAACAGAGACAGGUCGAUUGAAGAUCGCCGAUUUCGGAAUGUCUAGAGAAGAAGAUAUCUACGAAUUAAGCGAUCGCCAUGGUCAAAUCCCUAUUAAAUGGACCGCUCCAGAGGCUCUGGCUACCGGGCGCUAUACCAGCAAAUGUGAUGUGUGGUCCUACGGAGUGCUGUUGUGGGAAAUAUUCACUUUCGGUGACGUACCCUAUCGAUUUUGGUCUAACCCACAGACACGGGAAAUGGUGGAGUCCGGGUAUCGACUUCCAGCCCCGGAGAACAUGCCUGCUUUAGUUCGUGUCCAAAUGAAUCAUUGUUGGCUCUCCGACCCUGAACAACGUCCGAGCUUUGCUCAUUUGUGUCGUGUCCUACAGUUCACUCCCACUUCCAGCACAACCGCAGACCUGACUUCCUGGAUCCAGGUUAAGCAGUUGUCAUCCUCAAGACCGUCUUUCCUGGUGAAAGAGACCGAGAGAACACCGCAACAGCUGAGGCCCACACGGUUCUUUAUUUCCGUCAAAGAUAAUCGUACUCGCGAAUGCUGACACUUUGAUCCGUGUUUUUUUCUUUCCUUUGCCUCCCCGAUGUCUAUAAUUGUCGUCGCUUUGGAUUAACAAACGACGACACUUUUCUGUGAAGCAUGCUGUGAAGACCCUCAUGACUUGGAUGGCGUCCAGUUUUCGCGCCCUCUCCUUUUACCCAUUAACUCCAGCUAGGUCAUACUUUUUUCUUUGACACUAUCGUGUUUUUAUCUUCUUAUCUUUUAUCUUAUGUGUUCUAUUUCAAUCUGGCUGUGAUAUCAAAGGACGUUCUUACUUUGAUGCAAUACACGCACCCAUCUUCUAGGUC